GACUGAUAGUUUCCUGUGCGGUCGCAGCUGUCGACGUCGACGCAAAUACUGGCGUCGCACUUACAACUGAGAACGAUGCGCGGAUCCCUCUGAUCAUUCAGUGGCCGCUCACAAUCGUUACCGGUUCAUUAAACGAGCGGUGUCGUUAUAUUUUUGUGUCUGUGUGUGCAUGUGUGUGUAAACGUGAUUUUGUUGUUUAUUACAUUCCCUGCCAUGGCGAGCACCUUAGUCGGCCUGCUGCGCUCUACACAGAGCUGGCUGAGAACACUGCUCUUGAAAGUCCUUUGGCACUUAAAAGGCGAACUGAAGGGCGGCUAUCGUUAUAAGCAGCAGCAAAGGAUUGCACCGGUCCCUCAGAAAUAUGCGCCGAUACCGCGGGUUAAAGGUCUGCCUUUAGUGGGCACACUCUUUGAUUUGAUAAGAGCAGGAGGUGCUCAGCAACUUCAUAAGUACAUAGAUGCUCGCCAUCGUCAGUAUGGACCAAUCUUUCGUGAACGCUUAGGCGGCACCCAGGACUGUGUAUUCGUAUCAUCCGCCACCCUGAUGCGCAGCGUGUUUUUGCAUGAGGGUCAGCAUCCGCAACAUCCGCUACCCGAGGCCUGGACGUUGUAUAACAAGCUGCACGCAUGUCAGCGCGGUCUCUUCUUUAUGGAAGGCGCGGAGUGGUAUCACAACAGGCGUAUACUUAAUCGCCUGCUGCUCAACGGUAAUUUGAAUUGGAUGGACGUCCAUAUUGAGAGCAUAACGCAGAAGUUGGUGGAACGCUGGUGCUUACAGACCCAAGCUGUUAUCGGAGGUUCGUACGAGCUGCCACAACUGGAGGAGCAGCUUUAUCGAUGGUCUAUUGAAGUGGUUUGCGGCAUUAUGUUUGGCAGCAGUUCCCUAACCUGCGAGAAUAUACAAGCAGCAUUGGACAAUUUUACACUUACGGUUCACAAAAUGUUCGAGCAUAGCUCCUUGUUGAUGAACUUUCCGCCUAAAUUGGCGCAACUGUUGCGUCUGCGAAUAUGGCGAGAUUUUGAGCAAAAUGUUGACUUGGUGCUGAAACAGAGUUCCAAUAUCAUCGAGUUGUUCAUAGCAAAGCAGCAGCCCAGGGAGAGUAGGGAGUCUGGAGAGACGGACACGCUGUAUCAAAGACUACUUGCGUCGGAGCUGCCGAUCGAACUUAUCAGACGCAUAUUUGUGGAUCUGGUUAUAGCAGCAGGUGACACGACCGCAUUCAGCAGCCAGUGGGCUUUGUAUGCGCUUGGCCAGCAACCCGAUUUACAGCACCGCAUGGCCAAGGAACUGGAACUUGCUAAUCCAACUAAGUCUUUAUUGCUCCAUGGCCUAAUUAAAGAGGCGCUGCGCUUGUAUCCAGUGGCACCAUUCAUUGGGCGCUACUUGCCGCAGGAUGUGGAAUUGGGCGGUCAUUUCAUAGAGAAAAAGACACUUGUGCUGCUCUCUUUGUACACAGCCGGUCGUGAUCCAACAAAUUUUGAAGAACCUCUGAGCAUAUUGCCAGAACGCUGGAGCCCACAAUCGGAGUUAUUGCAUCAAUCACAUGGCAGUCUGCCCUUCGCUAUUGGCCAACGGUCCUGCAUUGGCAGACGUGUCGCGCUGAAGCAGUUGCACGUUCUAUUGGGCGUCUGUACUACAAAGUUUCAGAUGCAGUGCCUCAACGAAAGGCCUGUAGACUGUGUUUUGCGCAUGGUUACAGUACCGAGUGAAACAUUGCGCUUGGCGCUUAAAUUAAGGCAGGCAACAGGCAGUUAGUCAAAGUAGAUCAUUCGUUAGUUUUAUACUAAAGUCGUAUAUCAUUUUUAUAUUAACCACAAAUGCUUAAGAGAUGAGCGCUUGCAAUAAUACAUAAAUUAGAAACAUAAAACAUAGACCCAUCAGCCCCAUCGUAGGUGCGCCCCACACCCAGUGACCGAGAAUUAGUGAGCAGACGAUCGUAAAAAGCACUGGUAUGGAGGCAAGCGGCCGAAGGCAGACGCGAGGGGGUAGCUGUUUCUCGCAUAUGCUUGUGUUGCCGCAUUUCCUAUCAAACCACUGUUCCGUCAUGGGAGCGCAUAACAGUUGACGCGCGACUUUGCCACAGAAAUCUUCGCGGGAAUAGCAGCUUUCAAUACUGCUGCCAAACUAUGGAUAAAAUCAAUCUUUUAGUGAAUCUAAUGAAUGGACUAAAUUGCUAACACACACCUUUGCAUUAAUGUUCUCCGAUACAAAGUGAAGAAGAUGUGUCAAUGGCCUUAUUUCGUUGGAUUGGAGAGGCAGAAGAGCAGGAUCCACAGUAGCUCGAAUCUUCGACGCAUUCAGAGCCAUUUUACUAGGCGUCAAUUUGGAUGUAUCCAGAGAGUCGCUCAUAUCGAAAAAGGAAAACUGCUCCGUUUGUUCCUGCGGACUGGGGGGUUCUGGUGGCAGCGAUUCGUGCAUGGACAAGUUUCCAGGAUCCACCUUUAACGAGUAAACGUUAAGUGUCACGAAAUUGUACAUAAACUUCAUUUUAACUUACAUUAAAUAUAUUGCAAAAGGAAUUAAUGCCCUGGCGAAGUAGCUCGGGUAUGCGACUAAU